CCAUGGCUCGGUGCUGUUGGCUCUCUGUGUGGCUGCUCGAGCCCAGGCUGCGCGGAGCUCCCUGCGGGAUCAGAGCGCUCCCCCGCCGGGACCCUACUCUCACAUCCUCCUGCUGGGACACGGCUACAUUUCCAGCCAAGCCUGGCUUUAUUAUGUGUGUCUGCGCUGCAGCCCCGCCAGCAGUCGGCUCGGGAGGCGGAGGGAAGACCAGAGUCAGGACAAAGAAGAAAAGGGGAGAGAGAGGCUAGCGAACCACAAACCGUUUCUUCCCUUCUUUUACGGCUGUUUCUUCUUCUUCUUUUAUUUAAAACUGAAGAGGGGGGAAAUUUAAGAAAGGGGAUAAACAAGAGCGAGAAAUCCCCACAGGAUUUUGAGGGACGUAAAUAAAUAGACAGUUCGGGAAACGGAUCCUGAAGCGGACCACGCGGGAGGGGGAAAAGAGAAGAGAAGAGGAAGGGGAACAAGAAAAAAAGAGGAAAAAUCCGCGAUCGGACCCAAACCAAGUCAAGAGAGUGUUUGUCGGGUUAUCUGAAAGAGAGAAGAAGCAUUGGUCCUCUUUUUGCUCGCCAACUCGCCGCAGCAGCGGCACCAGCAGCCGCGCGGCGGGUAACGUUAAUGCUGUGAUUUUGUUCAUUAUUAUAUAUUUUUCAUUUUUGAUUGAUUUUUUAAUUUGGUUGGACAAAACAAACUCUGAGCCUCAGAGGCGCGAGGAACAAAAGAGGAGCGCGAGUGACUCCUGCAGAAAAAAUAAAUCUACAGGUUGAAUCUAAGCGGCUCAAGUUGCCGGAUCGCUGGAGUAGCCUAUAGCCUAUCCGCGCGCAGCGCCGCUAUAGCGCGUGCUCCCCCCAGCGCUUCGCUCGCCGCGAGCGGCUGCAGGACUACCGCCGCCGCCGCCACGGGCACCCAAGUUGCCGCAUUGCAACAGGCGAAGUGAGAACAGGAGGAGGGAAGAGGACAGACGGGCAGCAGCGGCGUGCAGCAGCAGCCUAUGAGUGACUGUACGAGAGCACGAGAGAUCAAUAAAAGCAGAAAAGUACAGAGGCAGCGAUGUCGAGACGCAAGCAGGCCAAACCGCGCUCCGUUAAAGCGGUGGAAGAGGCAGAUUCAGCUGAAUUCACAGGUAGCUGGGACUCCACUACUGCAGCAGAUGCAGCCGUGCCAGAGCGUGACUCUGAAGGAAAGGACAAGGCCGGCGGUGAAGACGGUGAGCACAGUGUGACCAGUCAUGAUGAGCGAGCGGGCGAAGAGGAUUUGGAUGACGAGUCCAUCUUCACCUGCGACAACUGCCAACAGGACUUCGAAUGCCUGGCUGACCUGACGGAACACCGCACAAACCACUGCCCAGCAGAUGGCGACGAUGACCCGGGGCUCUCCUGGGUGGCGUCCUCUCCCUCCAGCAAAGACGUGGCAUCGCCAUCGCAGAUGCUGGGGGAUGGCUGCUGCGAUCUGGGCAUGGGCACGGGGGAGGAGGAAGGAGGCUCUGGCCUGCCCUAUCCCUGCCAGUUCUGCGACAAGUCCUUCAGCCGCCUCAGCUACCUGAAGCGCCAUGAGCAGAUCCACAGCGACAAACUGCCCUUCAAGUGCACCUUCUGCAGUCGGCUCUUCAAGCACAAGCGCAGCCGAGACCGCCACGUCAAACUGCACACCGGCGACAAGAAGUACAGCUGCCAAGAGUGCGAGGCUGCCUUUUCACGUAGUGACCAUCUCAAGAUUCACCUGAAGACGCACAGUUCCAGUAAACCCUUUAAGUGCAGUGUUUGCAAAAGAGGAUUCUCCUCCACCUCCUCGCUACAAAGUCACAUGCAGGCCCACAGGAAGAACAAGGAGCACAUGGCAAAAAAAGACCAAGGAAAAAGAGAUGGAUCUACAGGCGAUGCAGCUGACCAAGACCAGGACCUGUACAUGUGCGAUUACUGCGAAGAAACUUUCAGCCAGACAGAUGAGUUAGAGAAGCAUGUGCUUACGCGCCAUCCCCAGCUUUCAGACCGUGCAGAACUACAGUGCAUCCACUGCCCAGAGAUCUUCACUGAUGAAGGCACCCUGCUCACCCAUAUUGACCGAACACAUGCCAACAAGAAACACAAGUGCCCCAUGUGUGCAGAGCAGUUUUCAUCAGUAGAAGAUGUCUACUGCCACCUGGACAGCCACCGGCAACCUGACUCCAGCAACCACAGUGCUAGUCCUGAUCCAGUACUUGGCAGUGUGGCGUCCAUGAGCAGCGCCACUCCCGACUCUAGCGCAUCGCUGGAGAGAGGAUCCACUCCAGACUCAACCCUCAAACCCACACAGGGUAGGCGCAAACUAGCCCCGUCCUCUGAUCAAGAUGAAGGUUGGUCAGGAAAGAUAACUUAUAGUUGCCCUUAUUGCUCCAAGAGAGAUUUCAACAGCCUGGCAGUUCUGGAGAUUCACCUGAAGACUAUUCAUGCAGACAAACCUCAGCAGAGUCACACCUGUCAACUGUGUCUGGACACGCUGCCUACACUUUACAAUCUAAAUGAGCAUGUGCGCAAAGCACAUCGAUCCAGUGGAGGCUCAGCAUCCAGCUUUCCCCUUUUACAGUUCAGUAAUGUGUCUGCUUUUCAUUGCAACUACUGCCCCGAUAUGUUUGCAGACAUCAAUAGUCUGCAGGAGCACAUCCGUGUCUCUCACUGCUUGCCCGGUGGUGUGGUUGCUGGCUCCACCACAUUGGAAGGAAACCAUGCCUUCUUCUGUAAUCAGUGCUCAAUGGGUUUCCUUACGGAAUCCUCCCUCACUGAACACAUCCAGCAGACCCACUGCAACAGUGGUGGUGGCGGCGGCGGUGGUGGUGUGACCAAGAUGGAAUCCCCAGUAUUGCAGGCAUCGCAGUCCUUCAUGGAAGUCUACUCCUGCCCCUACUGUACCAAUUCUCCAAUCUUUGGUUCACUUCUCAAGCUCACCAAACACAUCAAGGAGAAUCAUAAAAACAUCCCACUAGCCAAUAACAAACGUAAAGUGAAAGUGGCAGAUCUGAGCCCGGCCUCCUCUGAUGUGGAGAUCUCCUCCCCUAAACGCCACAGAGUGACAAGUGAUGGCACAGGUGCUAAUGGUGAUUACCCCUGCAAUCAGUGUGAUCUUCGCUUCACCAGCUUUGAGAGUUUCCAGACCCACCUCAAGUCCCACUUGGAACUCCUACUAAGGAGACAGUCCUGUCCUCAAUGCAACAAAGAGGACUUUGACUCUCAAGAGUCUUUGCUGCAGCACUUGACCAUCCACUACACUACAACCUCCACACAGUAUGUUUGUGAGAGCUGUGACAAGCAGUUCUCAUCGGUUGAUGACCUGCAAAAGCACUUGCUGGACAUGCACACGUUUGUGCUGUACCACUGCACAUUGUGUCAGGAGGUGUUUGACUCCAAGGUCUCCAUCCAAGUGCACCUGGCUGUCAAACAUAGCAAUGAAAAGAAAAUGUACCGUUGCACAGCAUGCGCCUGGGACUUCCGUAAGGAGACUGACCUGCAGGCACACGUGAAGCACACUCACCUGAGCCAACCCUCUGGGCCUGGGGUUACCGGCAAAGCUCGCAAAUGCAUAUUCUGUGGGGAGAGUUUUGGCACAGAAGUGGAGCUCCAAUGCCACAUUACAACCCACAGUAAGAAAUUUAACUGCCGCUUUUGUGGCAAGGCCUUCCAAGCCAUUGUGCUGCUGGAGAGACAUCUCAGAGAGAAGCACUGCAUGUUCGAUGGAGGAAAUGGCAAUGGAAAUGGGGGAAGUCAGAAUGGAACUCCAAAUGGAGUGACUCAAAGCUCUAAGCGUGGAGGAGGAGGAGGUUCAACAAUAGCUGCUGAGCAGGCAGACCUUCAAAACAUGCUUUUGAAGGGAGGAUCCCAAGAAACUGCCAACAGCCAUGAAGCCAGUGGAGGAGAGGAGGAGAUUGAUGCCUCAGAACCUAUGUAUGCUUGUGACAUCUGUGGUGCGGCAUAUACCAUGGAGUCCUUGCUCCAGAACCACCGGUUGCGGGAUCAUAAUAUAAGGCCCGGCGAGGAUGAUGCAGGAUCCCGUAAAAAGAAGGCAGAUUUUAUCAAGGGCAAUCACAAGUGCAAUGUCUGCUCAAGAACCUUCUUCUCAGAGAAUGGCCUGAGGGAACAUGCCCAAACCCACCGUGGCCCAGCCAAACACUACAUGUGCCCCAUCUGCGGAGAGCGUUUCCCCUCUCUGCUCACCCUCACAGAGCACAAGGUCACGCACAGCAAGAGCCUGGACACAGGCACCUGUCGGAUCUGCAAGAUGCCCCUGCAAAGUGAAGAGGAGUUCAUUGAGCACUGCCAGAUGCAUCCGGACCUGAGGAACUCACUGACAGGCUUCCGGUGUGUGGUCUGCAUGCAGACGGUCACCUCAACGCUGGAGCUAAAGAUCCAUGGCACCUUCCACAUGCAAAAGCUGUCCUCAUCAGGGGGUAGUGGUGGGGGAGGAGGGUCAGCCUCAUCAUCUCCCAAUGGCCAGUUGCAGGCCCACAAGCUGUAUAAGUGUGCACUCUGCUUGAAAGAGUUCAAGAACAAGCAGGAGCUUGUCAAGUUGGAUGUCAAUGGCCUACCCUUCGGGCUGUGCGCCGCCUGCAUGAGCCGAGGCACCAACGGUCAGACAUCCAGUGGGGUCGUAACUCCUCAGGAGCAAGGGGAGAAGGGUGCCACUGGGCUGCGAUGCCCUGAGUGUGCUGUAAAGUUCGAGACCGUGGAAGAUCUGGAAAGCCACGUUCAGGUAGACCAUCCUGAGAUGAGCCCAGAGACCAGUGGAGCAAAGAAAGUGGCAGAGGCUUCACCUGUUCCUAAGAAGAAGACGUAUCAGUGCAUCAAAUGCCAAAUGACCUUUGAGACGGAACGCGAGAUCCAGAUCCAUGUUGCCAAUCACAUGAUAGAGAGAGAGCCUGCCCAGCUUCCGCCAGAGGAAGGCAUCAAUCACGAGUGCAAGCUGUGUAACCAGAUGUUUGACUCUCCGGCCAAACUCCUGUGCCACCUGAUCGAGCACAGCUUUGAGGGCAUGGGUGGCACCUUCAAGUGCCCCGUCUGCUUCACAGUGUUUGUCCAAGCCAAUAAGUUGCAGCAGCACAUCUUCGCCGUGCACGGGCAGGAGGACAAGAUCUACGACUGCUCGCAGUGUCCGCAGAAGUUCUUCUUCCAGACUGAACUCCAGAACCACACACUGAGCCAGCACGCACAGUGAGAGAGGCCUCGGCGGGACGCCCCGUUCAGCCGGAACCCCGACCCACGCCCGGUGGGGGACGACCAUUUCAACAUCACAGCCAAUCAAAGUGUCAUUUGCUACUCACAUGUAAAACUCUAACGAUUCCGCCACCAGGCGCAGCUAUUACGAACGGUGGGGAAUGAAUAUUAAUGGGAUAUGCUAUUAAAAAAGAAAAGGAGGAGGGGGGGAAGGAGAGAAAAAGGUAUUCUACGUGCAGUAUUUUUUAUUGUCCCUGCUUCCCGUUUGUGCAUUCCGUUUUUUUUUUCUUUCUUUUUUUUUCCUGUUUUUCUUUCCCGUUUUUUUUGUUUGGAACAAAAGAAAAAAUGGAAGGAGAAAAAAAGAAAUGCCCCUCUGUCUCUGAUUUUAGUCUCUAGAAAUGCUUCACUUACCUUGUCCUCUGUUGCUUCUUGUAUAAAAAAACUUCAUAGGUGCCGUUUUUUUUUUUCCCUUUAAUGCAUUUCUUUUUUCCCCCCUCUUGGUUUUUGUACCUUUUAUUUCUUGCAGUAAAUAGGUACUUGUGCUGUGUUGUGAAUGCUUGCCAGUCGUAAUAUCUUUUUUUCCCUUUCUAUUAUUAUUGUUAUAUAUUUUCUUUUUUCUAAUUACAGUAAAAACAAACAAAAAAAAGACAAAAAAACAUAUAAAUCGACAAAAACGUAAUGGUUUUGAUGGGAUUUUGCAGUUCAUGGGCCUUAUGGUUGUUGUAAAAAAUGAAUAUCAUCGAUUUCAGUUCAACUGGAUGAUGUCUGCUUUUUAAAUGUGAAUUAACCAGAUUGCAAUAAAACUAGUACAGUUGAAAAUAAACAAAUAAAUGAAUCAUGAAUUAAGGGAG